AUGGAUCGAUUUCAGUUUGGCGGUUCAGACGAGAGUGUCUCCGACUUCGACGAGGACCCUUCUGGUCUGCCUUUCCCCGAGCCGCUGUCUCGAACGUCCUUUUUGGCCCCUGAUUUCGACCCGGCCGUCUUUCUCUCGUCCUUGAGGAAUCGGCAUCAAAGUCUCGAAGACCUCCGCCAGGAGCUCCGCAACCUGGAGCAAGUCUUGAACAAGGAGCUUCUGGACCUGGUCAAUGAGAAUUACCAGGACUUCUUGUCACUCGGUACGGCAUUACGCGGCGGGGAGGAAAAGAUUGAGAGUGUUAAAGUCGGUUUGCUCUCCUUUCAACGAGAUGCACAGGGUUUGCGAGAUAAAGUCGACGCGCGUCGCCAGGAAAUCGAGGGUCUGUUGAAUGAGAAAAGGCUCCUUCGGGGACAGGCAGACAUCGGCAAGGACCUCUUGGACUACGCCGACCGCGUUGAAGAAUUAGAGCAUCGACUCAUGAUCGCCGAAAAGGCCACCCCGGAUGAGACGGGUUCCGCAGAUGAGGAUUCAGUGUCGGAUUCUGACCCAGACCUAUAUGGUAGCGACAGCGACGAUAGCGAUGCGGAGAACGUGGCAGAAGGCGCUGCGCCCGUGUCAUUAAAACGCCUCGAACGACAUGUGCAGGCGUACGUCUUUCUGGCCGCGAUUGCCAAACGGGUGGGCCAACACCAUGCAUUUCUAGUUGCGCAGCAACCGCGAGUGUCCAAGAUUAGGUCCACCAUCUUGCUCGACUUGAAGACGGCAUUGGAACGGGCUGGUCCCGCGGGGGAGACGCGAGAUGCGCGAACCAUGGCAGUUCUACGAUUGUAUGACUUGAUGGGCGAGGAUCUAAGCGCCAUCGCCGCACUCAAAAAUCUCAAGAUUUAG